GUGGCCCCACGUCCGUUCAGUCCGCACUCACUCGCUGUCGUCGCACGUCCGUAUUACGCAGUUCAAAUCCGUAGCGCGGCCGUCGUCAAUAUUAUUGUUAUUAUUAUUGUAUUACAAUAUUCAAUCGGACGCGCUCGGCGAAUACCGUACGUGUACACAUCGCGUUCGUCCGCAUCAAGUGUGUUACGUUAGCGCAGUCGCUUAAAGGACGAUCGAGCGAAUCCCUUUGGCCGCGUAACCGCUGUCGGCGCGGGGGAAAAUGCCGCGCCCGAGUCGCGACUCGUACGGCGACCAGAAGCCGCCGUACAGUUACAUAUCGCUGACGGCCAUGGCCAUAUGGAGCUCGCCGGAGAAAAUGCUGCCGCUGUCCGACAUUUACAAGUUCAUCAGCGACCAGUUCCCGUACUACCGACGGAACACGCAGCGCUGGCAGAACUCGCUGCGACACAACCUGUCGUUCAACGACUGUUUCGUCAAGAUCCCGCGGAUGCCCGACCGGCCGGGCAAGGGCGCGUACUGGGCGCUGCACCCGGCCGCUCUGGACAUGUUCGAGAACGGGUCGUUGCUGAGACGCCGCAAACGGUUCAAGCUGGUCAAGUCCGACAAAGACAGAUUGGACAAUGAACUGAUCGCCCUGGCCAACAACCUGGCGCACAUGCAGCGCAACCAUCCGGCCAUGUCGUCCGGCGCGGCCUCAUCGGGUUCGCCGCGACACUCGUCCAUGUCGUCCGGCGCGUCCUCGGCGUCGUCGUCGCGGUGUUCGUCGUCGGCCGGCAGCCCGCCGCCGCCGUCGCUCACGUCCCAACACGCGACGCUUCACCAUCACGUCAACGACGGUCACCAUCACGUGCACCAGCACCAGCAGCAGCAGCAGAUCAACUCGGCCGAGCGCGGUCAUCACCGUCACCGUCGCGGUACCGCGGCCGCGCACCACAGACGUCAUCGACACGGCAUCACAGCAGUGGACGUGGACACCACUACCACCACGGCCACCAUCAUCAAGCCGUCGGCCAAGAGACCGUUCGACAUCGAGAGUCUCAUCGGACCGGAUCAGACGUCCGCGGAGUCACCGGCUGCGCCGCCGUGUUUGCGCGCCCCGGCCGCGGCCAACACCGCCUCGUCGUCGGCUGCCUCCGACGACACGGACGACGACGACAUCCUGCGCCGGUUCCCGUCCAUCGUGCCGGCCGCGUACCCGGCCCCGAUGAUGGUAUCGUACGGUCUGCACCAUGCAGCGGCGGCCGCGGCCGCAGCGAUCGCGUUCCAAGAUCAUCACCACCAGCAACACCUUCAGCGACAGCACCACCACCACCAUCACCACAGCCAGCUGCAGCAUUUACAACAGCACCAUCACCAGCAAUACUUACGGUACGCGGCGUCUUAUUUCCCGCACAACUGACGAUGAGCACGUCGUUGACCCCCUCCCCCCCGCGUACAGGUGCCGUGGGUUCGCGCCGUGUAAGGUUAUCGCGGCAGCACUUCGGACUCCCGGCCGCCGGUAUGGUGUUACGCGGAUCGCGCGCGCUGAAACGCGUAACAACGUAUCGAUAAUGUUGUUAUGAUUUGAUAUUUUUUUUUUUUUUAAAUAUCGAUAUGAUCUCGUGCGAUCAUAAUUCGCGAACUCGGUUCCGCGCGCGUACGUGUGCACCCUGUACACACCGCGCCUGCGUGUUUCAUUUAAACAGUGCAUCGGUACACGCACGAAAAAAUCGCCGUGAAAAGAAUCAUUUUCGGCAAGUGGUCCGAUCGGCUUUCGUGUCCCAUAAAGUACGUGCGAGUACCCGGUUGUGCGCGAAACGAACAACGGCCCCAUUGAAAUUUGCAAAUAUUCCAACAGUUAAUUUUCAACGCAAAAACUUUGUACGGAAAAAAGAAAAGGAACUGACUGGGACUGCUCUUGCCGUUUGAAUUAACUCCAUCGGCAUUAGCGCCGACCUGACACGUAAAUAUUAUGUUAUAAUUUUGUACACAUCGUUGUGCGCAAAACACAUCGAUCGAUGAUAUAAAUAAUACGUUAUUUUUUUUAACCGUUCUUUUUUCGACUAAAUUUUGCUUUUUUUUUUUUCUCUUUCGUGUUUCCAUACUUAAGGACUGUUUACAGAUCAAACAGUUUACCCAAAUACUAUCAUAUUUAUAUUUAUAAAUAACAUUGUGUUUACAACGCGUUUGUCAAGUAACUAUAUAUGUAUAUAUAUUUAUGGUUAAUUAUACAUCACAUAACAUUGUGUGCGUGUAAAAAAUAAAAAUAUAAAGUACUGAACAUAAAAAAUAAGUAAAUAGAUAUUAAUGUAGUUUUUAGUGUUCGUUUUGCUGUGAUGUAGUUUUUAAUGUGCAGUAACAAUUAUAUAGGUAUAUUAUAUAUAAUAUUUUAAGUUACGAUAUUUUGUUUUUGGUUGUGGUAGGGGGGUUGCGCGUUUGUAAAAUAAAAAUAGAACAAACCGAACGCGAUUAAUAAUUGUUUAUAUCGUUAGUGCGACGUGUAAACGUAAUGUAGUAUAUACAUAUACUCGUAUUAUGCUAUAUUCAUACGUACUGUACCUGUAUGGGCGGUAGUAUCACUCAUUAUCAUUAUUUUUAUUAUUAUUAUUAUUAAUAUUAUUAUUACCUAUUAAAUAUUAUGAUUUGUUUUCAGU